AUGGCUUCGGGAAAAUACGUCAAGAAAGUCGAUUAUGGAGAAAGCGCAGGUCAUGCCUUCAGGGUCGACAUUGAAAACGAAUGCGGCGAAGUCUCGUUCGCAAAAAAGCACUCUCGGAUAGAGAAGUGUCUCUUCGCAACUGUAGUAGUGUUUGUUACGGUUGCAAUUGUGUUUAUUGUUCUUUACGCCACGCAAGUUUCAAAGACCAGAGGGGGUGAUUCAUCAGCUACAGCUAACGAACGAAGUACGUGGGCGCCUAUCACAAGCAAGACAACGGCUUGUUUCGAGCCCCAUUGUAUUUUGACCGCCUCAGGUUAGUUUAAUUAUAAGUUUAUCUAUUCAAAAUUAUUUGGAUCCGAGUUGAAGAUAGUUUGCAUCUUGUAUUAAAACGAUGAAUUUCUAUCGAUACCCGAAAAAAUAUCCUGUGAGGUGCAUGUCCAUCGAAGCAUCAAAAUUUUGGCAAACUGUUAAUUGAACAUGACCUGAUUUCCAAAGGAAAGACCGUUUAUUUACACUACGGAUCUAAUUUUCAGCGUCAUUGAUUUUAUAUCGUGACAUUCAUAUCAUGAGAGACGAAUUUCGAAUACCAAAGUGCAAGAGGCAUGAUAACGUCUUAUCUCUAGCUCAAAACUUUUCCUCAUCCAUAAAAAAAAUGGGGAUUAAUCGAAUGUCGUUGUUCCGCUCUGUUUGUUUGGUUAGUUUUUGUUAGUUUUUUUUGUUUAUGGAUGAGAAAAAUUUUUGAGCAAAAGAUAAGAAUAAAGCCAGUUAAAGCCCUCGGUCGGAACCACGAAAAGCGAUCGCAAAAAAUUGUAAUAGCAAUAAUGAUAAUAAUUAAAGAAUACCUGGACCUUUGAAACAAACGCAUGCCAGCAAAUUGUACUGUUAUAUGGCAGUAAUUAAAGGUAUUUAAAAACUAACAGCUGUCAGAGACGUUAUUAUAAUUAUAAUUACGGCGGAUUAAUCGAAUGUCCUUGUUCAGCUCUGUUUGUUUAGUUUUGUUGGUUAGUUUUUGUUAGUUGUUAGUUUUUUAAAUACCUUUCUUUAAUUACUACCAUGUAACAGUACAUUUUGCUGGCAUGCGUUUGUUUCAAAGGUCCAGAUAUUCUUUAAUUAUUAUCAUUAUUACUAUUAUAAUUUUUGCGAUCGCUUUUCGUGGUUCCGACCGAGGGUUUUAGCUGGCUUUAUUCUUAUCUUUUGCUCAUCCAUAAAAAAAAUAAUAAUAAAAACAAAAACUAACCAACAAAACUAAACAAACAGAGCGAAACAAAGACAUCCGAUUAAUCCGUCGUAAUUAUAAUUAUAAUAACGUCUCUGACAGUUGUUAGUUUUUUUUAAAUACCUUUCAUUACUAGCAUGUAACAGUACAUUUUGCCGGCAUGCGUUUGUUUCAAAGGUCCAGAUAUUCUUUAAUUAUUAUCAUUAUUACUAUUAUAAUUUUUUGCGAUCGCUUUCGUGGUUCCGACCCAGGGCUUUAACUGAAAUGUUGUGUGUCCAUGUGUUAGCGAAACAAAGUAAAACAGGUCGCAUGACAUGACAGAUGUACUAGUAUCUGAUAAGCCUAGGAUGAACAACGGCCUUAUCCUAUUCAGACCGGUCUUUUUUUUCGCUUCCUGCGACCGGGAGGAGAGGGGAAGGGGUCCAGAGGCACCCCUCUAUAGCUUCAAAACUGCUCAUGCUACUGCUACCUAAAUUUUACAGAAGAGUAUGCUUAUCAUUUCCAACUUCCGGGCACAACGUGCUUGGAACAACAAUGACGUAAUCUGAAGUCAUCAUGACGUCAUAAUGUUGAAUUUAUUUGGCCAGGAUCCAAGUCUCACCAGGCCAAGUACAAUACUUAAAUAGUAAGGAGUUUGAUAAAAUCAAGAAGUCAAGAAGUUAGAUAACCUUUAACAAUAACAGUGAUGUCAUGACGAUGUCGUUCAUUACUAAAAAUGGAACAAGAAGCAUUCGCCAUCUUGCUUCCGCCGUUUUGAUUUAUGUAAAUGUAUUCCUUUUUACUUAAAACCCGUAUAAAUCGAGGAAUUUUUGAUAGAAACCUUAAUCUGAGUAUAAAAGAAUGCUUAGGAAACAAAAAAGUAUGCAAAACAUGGAGACCGAGACAAAUAAACAAGUUGAAAAUUAAACUCAGCAUCCGCCUUCUGGUCAUAUUAACUUUGAAUUUAACUCGUAAAACCAGUGGUUUCCAGGGUUCUCUCCUACCCUCUCCGUAGGGCGGGUAGGAGAGAACCCUGGAAACGAGGUUGACCAGAAGCGCAUAUUGGCUUUUUAUGACACCAACUUAAGAAAGGGUUUAAUAACUGCGCGACGCACGUUACCUUGAAUGUAUCAACUUUCGUUACGUGACUUGGCUUUGUUUUGCGCCUGGUACAACAGCGUCCGGAGACUCACCUCCCGGAUCUUUGUGCAUGUUCUGCAUUUUAAUUACAUAAGCGUUGAGUGACGAUAUGUCUUCUGCAAAAUACAUCAAGAAAGUUGAUUACGGAGAACCUUUUCAUUUCCAUUUCGACCAAGAAAGCAGCAGCAAGUUGUCGUUCUCAAGGAGACACUCUCGCAGGGAGAAAUGCCUCUUUGCAGCUUUAUUAGUAUUCGUUAUUGUUGCAAUAGUGUUCGCUGUUCUUUACGCUGUGCAAGUUUCAAAGAAGCCCGCUAAGCCCGGCAGUUCAUCGGCUUCAAGUGAAGGAACUACACAUGCUCCGAACACAAACAAAUCAGGUCCGCCAGCGACGUCGGUUUGCAUGGAGCCGCUCUGUGUUCUAAUAGCUUCAGGUAAGUUGGGUGUCGUUUUAAGUUUCAGAGGGACACCCGGCGUCAAAAAUCAUAAUUACACUGCACACCCACAUGAUUCGAUUGUCGGCUCUUUCAUUGAUAGUUUUCACCCGGGAAGGGAGCCGGGGAAGAACCAGUCACUUAAAACUAACGGGGGCUCUCAUUAGUAUGUGGCAGAACUAUUUUAUUCGAACAUGUUCGGUUUGAUCUCGGUUUGAGUGCUCAAAUUAUCUUAUUUCAUUUUCACAUUGAAUUUUUUUAAGGCGGUUCAGACGAUUCAGUUACUGUGUAG